AUGCCACUCGUGCUUCUAACCGGAUACCCUUGCUCCGGUCUCACCUACCGCGCAAACCAGCUCGCCGCACUACUCGAAACAGCCCAAGAUGAACUCUUCGCUGCCACCGAGUCAGCGUCGCCCGUCACGCUAAAGUCUCGAUUCAAAGUCCAUGUUGUUCCCUCGCAUGACAGCUCGCACCCACGAACCGUAUACGACCAUGCGCGAACAGAGAAGGAGGCUCGCGGCGUAGCCUAUGCCCGCGCUAAGCGCGUCCUCACACGGGACAGCAUUGUAAUCUUGGACGGCAUGAACUAUAUCAAAGGAUGGCGGUACCAGCUCUGGUGUGAGGCCAAGGCCGCUGGAACAUCAUGCUGCGUGGUACAUGUCGGAACACCAGUUGACCAAUGUGUCGCGAACAACGACGCCCGACUCCAGCGUCAAGCGUCUGAACAGGGAAAAGAGUCCGAAACUACCCCUUCUCCCCUUUUGAAUACGAGAAAGUCCGUCGACAAUGAAGAUCCAUACCCACCCGAGCUCCUAAACAACCUCAUCUUCCGUUACGAAGAACCAAGCACCCACAGCCGCUGGGAUAAACCCCUCUUCACCGUCCCCUGGGCCGACGAAACACCCCCGGUAGCAGAUAUCUUCCACGCGCUCACGGGCGUCAUCCUCCCCUCCGCCCAAGAACCAUCCAUAACCCCCAUGACCGAUCUCACCUCCUCCCUCAGCGCUGCAUCCCUCUCCUCCGCCGCCAGUGUCACGACAACACGGACUUCAUUCACCCGUGGCGGAAGCGGAAGUGGGACCUCGAAACCACGUAUCGUUCCUCAUCAAGCUACCAUCCAAGCCGUUGCUACGGACCAUGGCGCCCUCUACGCGAUGGAGAAGAAGACCUCAGCGGUUGUUACUGCCAUUCGCUCGUUUACUCAGGCUACGCCUUCAGCCGAGGUGGCGUUGGCGCAGAGUAAAGACGGGAAGGGAAUCUCUGUUGCGGUUCCUGAGGCUUCGAUUCCGGUUUUCGUUCCUGCACAUGUUGCUACGACUGGUACUACGGAUGAACUUGCUGGGCCUGGUGGGGUCUUGGCGUUGCCGAGAUUGCAAAGAUUGAGAAGACAGUGGAUUAGUUUAAAUCGGGUGUACAUUGGUCAUGGACAUGGUGUUGGGCAGGGUGGGUUGGCGGCGGAUCAGAUUCCGGAUGCGUUUGUGAGGUUUUUGAAUUCGACUUUUGGAGGUGAUGAUGAUUCGUAA